AUGGAUCAUUUCCUGUGUAUAAGGUUUAGUACAUUAAGGGGAUAUUAUCCCGAUGAAUUAAACAUUUCUAAAGAACGUGAUAUUCAUAAUAUAGGGGGUAUUGUAAAAUACUGCCCUAAUGGAAAUUCAAGAGACAAAAAAUGCAAUACUGAGCUCGAUAAAAUAAAUGCUGCAUGCUUAUGGUUGUUCGAGCAAAAUAUUGCUAAUAGGAUUGAUGAUUUAAGUAGUGAACAGGUUAAAGCGUUUAUUAUAUACAUUAUGAUAUGGUUAAAUUAUAUGUUAAACCUAAAGAAAGAUGGCAAAAUCACCGCAUUAAAAGAUUUUUAUACUAAUCAUAUAGAAAACAAUCCGAAUUAUAUUAAUUGUAAAAGUGAUGGUAACGAUUGUAAUAGUACAUUAAAUGAUAAAGCGGGAUAUAAUAAUUUUAAGGAAGUCAUAGUUAAAAAUAUGGAAUUGUCGAAUAUUAAUUUUGAAGAUAUAUCUAAAUUUUAUGAUGCAUUUAAAUUAUUAUGUAAAAUGUAUAUUGAAUUUAACGAAGACGAGCCAGAAUGCACGAAAUAUUUGGAAUAUGCAAAUAACUUUGUUGACAAAUAUAAAAAACUUAAUGGAAAUUCUAGUGUUACUGGAAACAUUUCAUAUAGUCAAGUAUUGUGUACUUUAUCAACUGAUUAUGAUAAUUUUAAAAAGAAAUGUAAUGGUAUUAAUUGUAUGAAUAUUCCAUUGCUUCCACCGAUAAAAACAAUACAACAUCCCGUACAAAGUUCUAAAGAUCAUUCUGAACAUGCUUCUGUACAAAAAUCUGAUGUUACAUCAUCAAGUUUGUCGAUAGUAAACAAAUUAAUUCUAGCUUUAUCAAUAUUCGGUGCAAUAACAGUUUUUUGGGGAAUUUCUUAUAAGUAUUCGUUAUUCGGAUUUCGGAAACGAUCUAAAAAACAACAUUUAAGAGAAAAUCUAAAAAAAUAA